CGUCGUCUCUCCAUCGUUUGCCCCCAGUGCCAACGCGCGCCAUGGCCGCGUCGCGCCGUCAGCCAUGGAUCAAAUGGAGCCUUUCCUCAUCCGACGAUGCUGAUAGCCACACGCCCUCGUAUCAUUACCCAUCGACUUUUUGCUAGAUCGCGAUGGUUUUUCAACACCAACCCACACAAACCUAUCCGUCCUCGUGCUACCUGUUGCGCCGCUCAUCGUGGCAUCCAAACCCAUGAUCGCGCGUCUUGGAAGUCUUCAGUCGCCACCCGUUGCUUGUCCACUCCGCUCAGCCACAGUCCUCCUCCGAGUUGGACUUCCUGCGCGUGUGUCUGCUGUCGUAUGUCUACGAUGACUACUACUUACCACCUCGACAUGCAUGCGCGGGUGCAUGCAGCGACGCGCAAGCACUUUUGCCAUCGCUCCCUUGUACAAACUGAUGGUCUGGCAUGGAUGGAUACAUAG